AGCCACCAAUGGGCACCCGGGAAACUCGGCCAGAGUCGGAACAGCAGUGGGAACUCUCACACAGUCGUGGAGGCUAGUCACAUUCUGGGUUCAUGGAGGGAGUUGAGGGUCCCAGUACGGAACUUGCUAAAGCAAUUAAACCUAUCGACCGGAAGUCAGUCCAUCAGAUUUGUUCUGGGCAGGUGGUACUGAGUCUCAGCACUGCUGUGAAAGAAUUGGUAGAAAAUAGUGUGGAUGCUGGUGCCACUAAUAUUGAUCUAAGGCUUAAAGACUAUGGGGUGGAUCUCAUUGAAGUUUCAGACAAUGGAUGUGGGGUAGAAGAAGAAAAUUUUGAAGGCCUAGCUCUGAAGCAUCACACUUCUAAGAUUCAAGAGUUUGCUGACCUCACGCAGGUUGAAACUUUUGGCUUUCGGGGGGAAGCUCUCAGCUCACUUUGUGCACUGAGUGAUGUAACUAUUUCUACCUGCCACGCAUCUGCAAAGGUUGGGACUCGACUGGUGUUUGAUCAUAAUGGGAAAAUUGUUCAGAAAACCCCCUACCCACGACCUAGAGGGACGUCAGUCUGUGUGCAGCAGUUAUUUUAUACGCUACCUGUGCGCCAUAAGGAAUUUCAAAGAAAUAUUAAAAAGGAGUAUGCCAAAAUGAUCCAGGUCUUACACGCAUACUGCAUCAUUUCAUCAGGUGUCCGUAUAAGUUGCACCAAUCAGGUUGGACAAGGAAAGCGGCAGCCUGUGGUAUGCACAAGUGGAAGCUCCAGCAUGAAGGAAAAUAUCGGCUCUGUGUUUGGGCAGAAGCAGUUGCAAGGCCUCAUUCCUUUUGUUCAGCUGCCCCCUAGCGACUCUGUCUGUGAAGAGUAUGGCCUGAGCUGUUCCGAUGCUCUGCAUAAUCUGUUUUAUAUCUCAGGCUUCAUCUCAGGGUGUGCGCAUGGUAUUGGCAGGAGCUCAACAGACAGACAGUUUUUCUUCAUCAAUCAGCGGCCCUGCGACCCAGCAAAGGUCUCCAGGCUUGUGAAUGAGGUCUACCAUGUAUAUAAUCGGCAUCAAUAUCCAUUUGUUGUUCUCAACAUUUCUGUUGAUUCAGAAUGUGUUGAUAUCAAUGUAACUCCAGAUAAAAGGCAAAUUUUACUACAAGAAGAAAAGCUAUUGUUGGCAAUUUUAAAGACCUCUUUGAUAGGAAUGUUUGACAGUGAUGUAAACAAACUUAAUGUCAGUCAGCAGCCACUAUUGGAUAUUGAAGGUAACUUAAUAAAGAUGCGUGUGGCAGAAAUGGAAAAGCCUCUGCCAGAAAAGCAGGAGAGUUCCCCUUCCCUAAGGACUCAAGCGGAAACCAGGCUAGUGUCCAUUUCCAGGCUCAGAGAGGCCUUUUCUCUUCGUCACACCGCAGAGACCAAGCCUCAGGGCCUAGAGACUCCUGAACCCAGGCGGAACUCUCCAAGACAAAAAAGGGGUGUACUCUCUUCCAGCACCUCAGAUCCUGUCUCCGGCAGAGGGUUUCAGGGCCCUCAGGAAGAGGUGGUGAAUCCUAGGAAGGACUGUGUGGACAGAGUAGAAAUGGAGAAGGAUUCGGGUUGCAGUAGUGCUUCAACUGGCUCUGAGGGAGGGCUCAGCACCCCAGAAGCCAACAGUCAUUGUAGCAGUGACCAUGCAGUGAGCUCUCCAGAAGACAGAUUUUCACAGGAAGAUGUGGACUCUUGUGAGAAACUGCCUGAAACGGAACAUAUGGAACAUCACCUUUCAGACAUGAAAUGCUGUUUAAACCAAGAAGGUGCUGGAUAUAAAUUAAGAGUUUUUUCUCCACCAGCUGAUACUACAUCCUCAAACACCAAGCGUUUUAAAAAAGAAGAAAUUUCUUCAAAUGCUGACACACCUCAAAAUUUGGUUAAUACUCAGAACAUGUCAGUGUCUCAGGUUGAUGUAGCUAUUAAAAUUAGUAAGAAAAUAGUGCCGCUUGACUUUUCCAUGAGGUCUUUAGCUAAACGAGUAAAGCAGUUACAUCACCAAGAACAGCAAAGUCAAAGGGGGCAGAAUUACAGGAAAUUUAGGGCAAAGAUUUGCCCUGGAGAAAAUCAAGCAGCAGAAGAUGAACUGAGAAAAGAGAUCAGUAAAACAAUGUUUGCAGAGAUGGAGAUCCUUGGUCAGUUUAACUUGGGAUUUAUAAUAACCAAACUGAAGGAGGACAUCUUCCUCGUGGACCAGCAUGCUGCUGAUGAGAAGUACAACUUUGAGAUGCUGCAGCAGCACACUGUUCUCCAGGCCCAGAGACUCAUUGUACCUCAGACCCUCAACUUAACUGCUGUCAACGAAGCUGUCCUUAUAGAAAAUCUGGAUAUAUUCAGAAAGAAUGGCUUUGAUUUUGUCAUUGAUGAAGAUGCUCCAGUCACUGAAAGGGCUAAGUUGAUUUCCUUGCCAACCAGUAAAAACUGGACUUUUGGACCCCAAGAUAUAGAUGAGCUGAUCUUUAUGCUAAGUGACAGCCCUGGGGUCAUGUGUCGGCCAUCCCGAGUCAGGCAAAUGUUUGCCUCUAGAGCCUGUCGGAAGUCUGUGAUGAUUGGCACUGCUCUUAACACAAGCGAGAUGAAGAAGCUCAUCACCCACAUGGGUGAGAUGGACCAUCCCUGGAACUGUCCCCAUGGAAGGCCAACCAUGAGGCACAUUGCCAAUCUGGAUGUCAUUUCUCAGAACUGACACUUGUCAUUUUCUUUAUAGAUUUUAUU